GCAAUAAUUUCUCCUCCCGCUUGCUGCCCUGUGAUCCUCUGACACAUUUUCCAGCACCGGAUCAACAACCAUUCCCGUCUUCGGAGCGAUGAGAGAGAGAGAGAGCGAGCGAGCGCGGGGGCGGGUAACAACGCCGGAGCUCCACGGCUCCCUCUUUUGGGAUCACAAACGACAAACCGCUUCAAAUUAUUUCUCCUUACUACCCUGACCCAACGGUGGAAGAACCAGAAAGAAAACAGGGAGCACUACCCCAUGGACUCCUCCUCCGCCUUUCCCUUCUCCUCCCCUCCUCCCAUCGAAAGCCCCCUAUCGCACUCCAAGCCCCAAACCCCGUCCUCCGCCCCGCGGCAUUCCGUCCUCCUCGAGACCCCCCCUCGCGCCCUCUCCGUGUCAUCCUCGUAUCGCACGAUCUACAGCGACCGCUUCAUCCCCAGCCGCACCGGUUCCAACUUCGCCCUCUUCGACCUCUCCUCCCCGCCGCCGCCCAAUCCUGGCCCCCCUUCCUCCGGCGGCGGCAGCCGUGAGGACGGAUCCGGCGCCUACUCCGCCCUCCUUAGGACUGUGCUCUUCGGGCCGGAUCAUUGCGUCGCGCCCCCGGCCACUCCCGACCACUCUUCACCCCGGGAAGGGCGGAGCUCCUCGUCGUCAUCUUCGCCGUCUUCGUCUUCCUCGACGUUUUCGACCCCUAGCAGGAAUAUUUUUCGGUUCAAGGCGGAGGUGCCCCGGUACUCGCUUUCGGAUGGGUUUGAGGAUGCCCUUCCUGGGGUCGUGCCAAGCCCGCCCAAGACGCUGAGGAAGGUCCCGAGAUCUCCGUACAAAGUACUGGAUGCACCGGCAUUACAGGAUGAUUUCUACCUAAAUCUCGUGGAUUGGUCUUCGCAGAAUGUUCUGGCUGUGGGUUUGGGCAAUUGCGUCUAUCUUUGGAAUGCCUGCAGCAGCAAGGUUACCCAACUCUGUGACUUGGGCGUAGAUGACAGCGUCUGCUCUGUGGGCUGGGCACAACGAGGCACCCACUUGGCUGUUGGGACAAAACAAGGGAAAGUGCAUAUAUGGGAUGCAUCUCGCUGUCAAAGGAUAAGGACAACGGAGGGCCAUCGCCUGCGAGUUGGAGCUUUAGCAUGGAGUUCAUCCCUGUUAUCUUCAGGCAGUCGCGACAAGAUGAUUCUUCAGCAUGAUAUGCGUGCUCAAGAAGAUUUUGUUAGCAAGCUCACAGGGCACAAAUCAGAGGUUUGUGGCUUGAAGUGGUCUUAUGAUAACCGUGAACUUGCAUCUGGUGGAAAUGAUAAUAGACUUUUUGUCUGGAAUCAACAUUCAACACAACCUGUACUCAGGUGUUCUGAGCAUGUGGCAGCUGUAAAAGCUAUUGCUUGGUCACCACAUCUAUAUGGACUUCUUGCAUCUGGUGGAGGAACUGCAGACCAAUGCAUUCGAUUUUGGAAUACAACAACUAACUCUUACUUGAGCUGUAUGGACACUGGAAGUCAGGUCUGCAAUCUUGUUUGGUCAAAGAAUGUUAAUGAACUUGUGAGCACCCAUGGAUACUCUCAAAACCAAAUAAUUGUUUGGCGAUACCCGACAAUGUCAAAGCUUGCAACACUAACUGGCCAUACAUCCAGAGUAUUGUAUCUAGCCAUCUCUCCGGAUGGUCAGACGAUUGUUACAGGAGCUGGUGAUGAAACACUCAGGUUUUGGAAUGUGUUUCCUUCUCUUAAAUUUCAGCAUGCUGACAGUGAUAUUGGAGCCCGAUCUCUUGGCAGAACACACAUCCGAUGACCUCAUGAACUAGUUGGGAGCUGCCCGUAUGCAAAACUAUUGGUUUUACAUUAUCAGUUGGAAGCUACAAUUUUGCAAGCUCAACCAUCGUCAGCAACAAAGAGACUUGUAUCAUGCGAUACUGAUUUUUCUCCCAUUCCAGCCCUUUGCGAGUGUCUUUUUGGCUGAUAAUUGUAGAUAUAUGAGGGAUGGCUGGGAAGCAAUUGGUUACACCUUGUAACAUGAAAUAUUAGCAUGCAUCUUUUUUCCAGAAAACCCACCCCUUUAAUAUGUAUUCAAUAUGUUAUCUUUGUUACUUUCUUUUCCC